GCAUGCAAACUCCAGAUGGGACAAAAAGAAAAAGGGGACGGCAAAGAGUGGUACAGAAGCAUGUCUUCUUUCAGACCAGCAGCGCCUCAUUCCUCCUACAGGAAGAUGUUCGGCGGGGAGAGAGCGGCGGUCAGAUCCAGCUACACCAGCCGCCAGUACUCCAGUCCCAUCCGCACCACCCGGGUGUCCUACGGGCUCUCUUUGGCGCCUGCCAGUACCAUUUACGCCGCCAAGACCCAGCGGCUCCGGAGCAGCGCGGCCAUGCCACGACUGGCCUCCGAGCACCUCGACUUCACGCUGUCCGACGCCAUCAACAGCGAGUUCAUCACCAACCGCACCAACGAAAAGGCCCAGAUGCAGUCGCUCAACGACCGCUUCGCCAGCUACAUCGAGAAAGUGCGCUUCCUGGAGCAGCAGAACAAGAUCCUUCUGGCCGAGCUGGAGCAGCUCCGCGGCAAGGGAACAUCCCGAGUGGGGGACCUGUACGAGGACGAGAUGCGAGAGCUGCGGCGCCAGGUGGACCAGCUGACCAACGAGAAGGCUCGGGUAGAGGUGCACCGGGACAACCUGGCCGACGACAUCGAUCGGCUCAGAGACAAAUUGCAGGAUGAGAUAUCUCAGCGGGAGGAGGCUGAGGCAAACAUGCAGAGCUUCCGACAGGAUGUGGACAAUGCUGCCCUCACCAGACUGGACCUGGAGAGGAAGGUGGAGUCACUCCAGGAGGAAAUCAACUUCCUCAAGAAGCUACAUGAUGAGGAAAUGCUGGAACUGCAGAACCAGAUCCACAUGCAGCAGCAUGUGCAAGUGGACAUGGCGGACGUGGCCAAGCCUGACCUGACAGCAGCUCUGAGGGACGUCCGCCUGCAGUAUGAGAACCUGGCCUCCAAAAACAUCCAGGAGUCUGAGGAAUGGUACAAAUCCAAGUUUGCUGACCUCACUGAAGCGGCUGCCCGCAAUAACGAUGCUUUGAGAAUGGCCAAGCAGGAGGCUAAUGACUACAGACGUCAGGUCCAGGCCCUCACCUGUGAGGUGGAUGCUCUCAAAGGAACCAAUGAGUCCCUGGAGCGCCAAAUGAGGGAGAUGGAGGAUAACUUCUCACUGGAGACUGGGGGCUAUCAGGACACCAUUGGCCGUCUGGAAGAGGACAUUCACAACAUGAAGGACGAGAUGGCCCGCCACCUCCGGGAGUACCAAGACCUCCUUAAUGUCAAGAUGGCCCUGGAUAUUGAGAUUGCCACCUACCGGAAGCUGCUGGAAGGAGAGGAGAGCAGAAUCUCCACCCCUCUGCCAAACUUCUCAUCCCUUAACCUGAGAGAAACCAUGAUUGAUUCCAAACCUCAUAUCGAAACCUCGACGACCAAGAAGGUUCUCAUCAAGACCAUCGAGACCAGAGACGGUCAGGUGAUCAAUGAGUCAACCCAGAACCACGAUGACAUGGAGUAAUAAGAAUAAGGCUCUUGGCAAAUCACCAACAAAAGCAAUCGGAAGAUUUUCACUCACAUUCAGAUCACAAUUACACAGAAACAGCGUCUCAAAGUGCCUUUUUUAUGUGAUGAUUUGGUAAGCUAGCUAGUUAGCUUGGCAGUAUGGUUUUUUUGGUCUAAUUUUGUCUAGACACAGUUAUUAUACACAACAACACAACAGUAUACUGUAUUGUCAACUAUAGUGGUUUACUAAGGAGCUUUAAAGCCACAGUGUGAUGAAAAAUAAAUGAUACCACGAGAAUUACGUUUUUAAAACUUACAAUAUGUUUGAAUUUUCUUUUUUUAAUUACUUAUUUUCGAAGAGUCUUUUUCAAGAAAAAAGAGAAUACACAUUUUUUCUUUUUAAGUACAAAUAUGGGGGGGGUUUAUGAUAGCAAAUAUUUUAAAGAAUUAUUUCUCAAAUUUCUUCUCGUAUUAGAACAUUUUUUUUCUUCUCAGUGUGGCCCUAACACUCCUUUGUAGACUCUUACAAACAGCUUCAUUUGUAGUCAGUUUUAGAUUCAUCAUGCACACAUAACCAGCAGCAGUUCUGAAUGCUAAAUACAGUAACAAUUGCCUGUAAGCAGAAAUAAACUAGUAAGACUGUGA